CUUUUGGAAUAAUUGGCUUAUGGAUAUUUCAUCAAAUUUACAAUUGGCUAUGCUUUCUUAUUGUGCAUACUAUGAAAUGCUUUUCUUCAAAAAGUGUUUAUAAGUGGUAAGUUAUAAGAAUGGGGUUGACAACAUUAUCUUUUGUGGUUAUUUGAUUAAACAUUUACUAAUUGUGCAUAUUUUGGAGCCAGCAGUUUUUUUCUACCUUUACAUUGCCCUCCCACCUUCCCUCUGUUGCCAACCUUUUCAGUUCCUUGUUGGAUGUAGAUACUUAGAAGGCUUACAGGCUGUCUGGGAAAAGUACCCUAUACCUUAUCCCCUCCCACCUCCUGAGCCUGGCCUUUGUGUAGCAAAUGUUGCUUAAGGGGCAGUGGCUUCUCCCUUCUGCCUUGACCCUGCCCAUUUGUAGAGUGACCUGCCUAUGUAUUCCUUGAUUCUUGAUUCUGAUAAAGCACUUGACAUUUUAAACUUUUUUUUUUUUUUUUUUUUUUUUUUUGAGACGGAGUGUUGCUCUCUCGCCAGACUAGAGUGCUGUGGCAUGAUCUUGGCUCACUGCAACCUCCGCCUCCCGGGUUCAAGCGAUUCUCUUGCCUCAGCCUCCCGAGUAGCUGUGACUACAGGUGCAUGUCAGCACGCCCAGCUAAUUUUUGUAUUUUUAGUAGAGACGGGGUUUCACCAUGUUGGCCAGGAUGGUCUUUAUCUCUUGACUUCGUGAUCCUCCCGCCUCGGCCUUCCAAAGUGCUGAGAUUACAGGUGCCCCGCCACAUUACUCUGUUUUUUGGUGAAGCACAUUGUAAUGCCAGUAUAUACCACCCCAACUCCAAAUUCUGUUGCAGUCAGGGGAGGCGGGCAGUGUCAUUCUAUGCAGUAAGCAUUUACUGCUGGCUUAUAUUAGCGAUACUGAGAUUUAUUAAAGUUAGUUCCUAUUACAUAGUAGCUUUAGCAUAAUGGGCACACACAGAAUUAUGAGAAUACUGAGGGGUGGGGAGCCUUGGGAAGGAUGCUGAAAAGGGAGGUCAAGAAAAGUUUUAUUUAAGAAGUUGGAGAGGGCUUGGGAAAAGGAAGGGUAAUAUUUAGAGAAAUGGAUUAGGGAGGAAGUUGGUUGAAGCAAGGGUAGGGAGAAUAAGAACAAGGGUGUGCGAGGCAGGAGACGGGAUGGACGUUUGUGUAUUAUGUACCAGGCUUUGCUAGGUUACAUAAUUCAUUUGCUCCUCUGGAUGGCCUGUGAAGUGGGUUAUAGUAUCUCUGUUUCGUAGGUGAGAAAACAAGAUUGGAGAGGUUAAAUGGCUUACCUAAGCUACAGUGUGCUGGUAAGUGGUAGAGCCACUAUUUGAACCCAGAUCUCUAUGAUGACAGGUCUUUUGCCCAUAUGCUUUGAUGCCUCAAAGAUCCAGGCCUAAAGUGUACUUGUGUACCAUUUUCUUUGUUUUGACUUCAGAAACUUGAACUUUACCUGAUUUCUGUAUGUUGUCAUCUUGCAUACGCCCGGUCCCCACGACAGUCCGGUUUGUAGAUUCUCUGAUCUGCAAUUCUUCUCGUUCCUUCAUGGAUUUGAAGGUGCUCCUUUCUUCCUUGAAUGACUUUGCAUCUCUCUCCUUUGCUGAGAGUUGGGACAAUGUUGGGUUACUGGUGGAACCAAGCCCACCACAUACUGUAAAUACACUCUUCUUGACCAAUGACCUGACUGAGGAAGUGAUGGAGGAGGUGCUGCAAAAGAAGGCAGACCUCAUUCUCUCCUACCAUCCGCCUAUCUUCCGACCCAUGAAACGCAUAACCUGGAACACCUGGAAGGAGCGCCUGGUGAUCCGGGCUCUGGAGAACAGAGUCGCUAUCUACUCUCCUCACACAGCCUAUGAUGCUGCACCCCAGGGCGUCAACAACUGGUUGGCUAAAGGGCUUGGAGCUUGUACCUCCAGGCCCAUACAUCCUUCCAAAGCUCCCAACUACCCUACAGAGGGAAACCACCGAGUAGAAUUCAACGUUAACCACACCCAAGACCUGGACGAAGUCAUGUCUGCAGUGAAAGGAAUUGACGAUGUUUCUGUCACUUCUUUUUCUGCUAGGAUUGGUAAUGAGGAACAAACACGGAUUAGUCUGAAUUGUACUCAGAAGGCUUUGAUUCAGGUGGUAGAUUUUCUUUCCCAGAACAAACAACUUUAUCAGAAGACGGAAAUUCUGUCACUGGAGAAGCCGUUGCUUCUGCAUACUGGAAUGGGACGGUUAUGCACACUGGAUGAAUCUGUCUCCCUGGCAACCAUGAUUGAUCGAAUAAAAAGACACCUAAAACUAUCUCAUAUUCGCUUAGCCCUUGGGGUGGGGAGAACUUUAGAGUCUCAAGUCAAAGUCGUGGCCCUGUGUGCUGGUUCUGGGAGCAGCGUUCUGCAGGGUGUUGAGGCUGACCUUUACCUCACAGGUGAGAUGUCCCAUCAUGAUAUUUUGGAUGCUGCUUCCCAAGGAAUAAAUGUCAUCCUCUGUGAACACAGCAACACUGAACGAGGCUUUCUUUCUGACCUUCGAGAUAUGCUGGGUUCUCACUUGGAGAAUAAGAUAAAUAUUAUCCUAUCAGAGACUGACAGGGACCCUCUUCAGGUGGUAUAAUUGCAGAAACAUCAGGAUAACACAUUCUACAAAUCAGCUGGAUGCCAACUUAAAUUUGUAACAUGAGUCAGUGGGACUGGUGUGCUUCCAGAAGAGUGUCUUCGAGGGUAUCAUCAUUUCCGGUUUGUUAAUCUUAUUCACCAAAUGUUCUAUCGCUCGUAAGGUAAAACUGUAAUGUAACUACCAUAUUAAAUAACAAAUAUUCAUUAUAAACUCUAGGAAAGAUUGAAUAAAAUCUGUUUACUUAA